AUCCACACAGGGAGGAGGAGGAGACAAUAAAUGAAACAGUUUUUGCAACCACAUGUUGCUGAGCUUGAUUGAACCGCUGCUACCUUGCCUUUCUUUGCAGUCUAAGUAACAAUGUGGCCGCUGCCUGUGUAGUUCCAGCCACCUGUGGCAGCACUCCUAUUCCCUCUACGCCACAGAGAGAAAACCAAAAAAAAGGGGGGAGCUGAUAGGUCGAAGAGGAGGAUAUCUUUCAUGACAAGUGGAGUUCUGACAGAGAGAGAGAGAGGUCCUCGCUGCACACCCAGUUCACACAAAUGAAAGAAUCCCAACGCCAGCACCAUGCCUGGACUGAUUAACAAGGAGACCCGGAGCGCCCUGCCGCUCAGUGUAUCUGACAUCACCUCCUGUGUCAGGGGUUACACUCUGGCUCUGACUGCUUCUCUGACCUAUGAAAAUAUGGAUGAUCAUGCAAUCGAGGGGAUCUUCAUUUAUCCACUGGAGGAAAAUUCCAUUGUUGUAGGAUUUGAGGCUAUGAUAUCCAGUCAAAUCGUAACACUGCAAAUCAAAGACAAGGCAAAAAUUGAUGACUGUUACCUGGAUUGCUGCAACACGUCUAAUGGAGCUCUGCAGAGUGGCAGUGGACACAUAGUGAUGGAUGAAGAUUUUGAGAGGACAGUGUUGGUGGUUAAUCUUGGCAUCAUUCCUCCAAUGGAGACUGUCCAUAUUCUGGUCAGUACCUCCUCUGAACUCUCCACUCUGCCCAGUGGUGGCAUCAAGGUCUCAUCCCCUCCAGUGUGCACACCUCGUGUACAGAGGACCAUCAACGAGGAGCAUGGACUGUCCCCAAACUUCUCCAGAACGAGGGAAAGACAUAACUAUGCCUCAAGUCCACAUGAUCAAACUCCCAACUCUCCUCAGCUGUGGUUGGCUUCACUGCUGGAGGAGGAGGCCAUCAACUCAAUGGACUAUGAGUUUAACUUCCAACUGGAGAUACGGGCUCCCUAUCUCCUUGCAGGUGUGGAGAGCCCUUCUCAUGCCAUCAGAGCCGAUGCAGACCCUCUGGCCCGCUCUGCCACCAGUGUCGUCAUCACUCUGGCUGACAAAUACACUUAUGACUACCCUGUCAAAAUCCUCAUCUACCCCAGCGAGCCUCAUCUGCCACAUGUGCUGAUUGAGAACGGUGACAUGACACCGGAGGAGUACGAUGAGUAUCUUCACGGCCGGAGUGAUUUUAUCAAGGCCACCAAGAAGGACUCUAGCAAUGAGAGGAAAGUAGAUGUAAUUCACAAGCGGCUCCAUAAGGACAUCCUUCACAACCCUGUGGUCAUGUUGAACUUUUGUCCUGACCUCAAAUCUAUCUGCUCUGAUCUGAGGAAGGUUCACGGGGAAUUUAUCUUCCUUAUUGACCGCAGUGGCAGCAUGAGCGGUGUUAACAUCAACCGCGUGAAGGAUGCCAUGGUGGUUAUUCUCAAGAGCCUGGUGCCUGGCUGUCUUUUCAACAUCAUUGGCUUUGGAUCUACAUUUAAAUCACUGUUCACAACCAGCCAGAACUAUGAAGAGGAGGCCCUGGCCCUGGCUUGUGAGUAUGUCAGAAAGAUCCGAGCUGACAUGGGGGGGACCAACAUCCUGGCACCGCUCUCCUGGAUCCUGAGGCAGCCGGUGUUCAGUGCACCCCGCCUGCUGUUUCUGCUCACAGACGGAGCCAUCAGCAACACCGGCAAAGUUAUUGAGCUGGUCCGCAGCCAUGCACGCUACGUCAGAUGUUUUACGUUCGGCAUAGGACAGAACGCCUGCAGGAGGCUGGUGCAGGGACUGGCGACAGUUUCCAAAGGAACCGCUGAGUUUCUGGCUGACGGAGAGAGACUGCAGCCCAAGAUGAUAAGGUCCCUGAAGAAAACCAUGUCUCCUGUACUCAGUGACAUUUCCAUUGAAUGGCUCUUUCCUGAAACCAAAGAAGUGCUGCUCUCCCCUGUGGGCAACACCUUCCUGUUUCCAGGGGACCGCCUGAUCGGUUACAGUGUGGUUUGUGACACCACCCGCUACCAUGACAACCCCAAAUCUGAUAAGAGGAGGCGAUACAGCAUGAUGCGCUCCAUCGAGUCCGCUAGCUCAGUGUUUUACCACUCUCAAGAAGAGGACUUGCUGAAGUCAGACAGUCAGGGGUCCUCCAGGGAAGCACCUUUUGGCGACUCCUACCAGGACUCCAUGACAGACAGCAGUCCUCUCCCCACAGAGCCUGACUCCACGGGUUUUGACAAGACGUCACCAAGAAGACGUGCAUACAGCACCAACCAGAUAACAGACUACAACCCAGCCAAGAAGGUCUACACUCCCAGUGACCCCAGCUCUGUGAUGGCAAAGAAUCCACUGAGGAGAGCCAAAGUCCAGGAGCUAAUUGGCCAGAUGAGUCCUGAACACGAGGCCCAGUGGAAGAACGACUACCAGCUGGCAAACCUGUGUGCCACAUCGUCCAGAGGGCGUCCUGGCAGCUGUCACAGGUCGCUCCCUCAGCAGGAGCCGCCUUCGCAGCAGGACGCCGACUCCGAGCUCCAUUUCCAUUCACACCCCCAGGACAACCGUCCGCCAGGCGGCAACAGCGAUACGCCUGCGACGCGCAGCACUCCUGGGGAAGAUGGAUCCAGAUCAUCCACAGACAGCCCAUCUGUUGGCAGCGUUGGAGACAUAGAUGGUUAUGGACACCAGUUAUGUCAAGCAGAAACCCCACAGGAGAUCCUGACUUCAGAUCUGGGUGCUGCCAACCAGCACAAAGGUGACUGCAAGGCUGUGGUGUCUGGACUGCUGUGUGGAAAACUGAUGAAGUGGGAGGUGGUCUUUGAUAUCAAGCCCUUCCUGAACGGCCGGGAACGCGAGGAAAAGGUUCACGAGGAGCUGUGGAACGAGACCUUCCACCACCUGGCCGGACGCUCCAUCAUACAGGACUUUGAGCACAUGGUGGAUAAGGAGUGUGAGAUUGAGCACGGGUCUGGCAGGAAGUACCAGUUAUACGCUAUUCACACCAGCAAGGCCUGCAAUAUACUGAGCAAAUAUACAGCGUUUGUCCCCAUCGACCUGGACACUAAUGAGUAUUUGCAGACACAUAUUGAAUAUAUAAGCCCUGGUGAAGGUCUGAAGAAAGGCUCGCACUCCAGGUCUCGAUCUGGGAGCAGGAAGACCAAAGGCUACUCCAUCGGACUGGGUCGCUCUCAGUCUGGUGGUAUGUCGGAGGAAACGGAAGAUGUCCUGCUGCCCAACAGUGCAGAAGAGGCUGCCUCUCCAUGCAGCACACCCUCCUCCUCUGGCUGGGAGAGGUGCAGCUUUACAGAGGUCUACCAAAGGAGUCCUUCUGUGACUUCUGACCAGUCACAGAAAUCAGUGGAAAGCCUUUUUUCUGCCAGGUUGGCCCUCAGCAGGACUCGUCUCCUGACUCGAGCUGCCAAAGGAUUCAUGUGUCGAUCUCACAGCAAGUCGGGAGAUUCAAUUGGAGAGAGUGACAACGAGAACAAAGACUACAUUCCUCUGGUGUUGUUGCAGUUAGCUAGUGGUGCAUUUCCCCUGGAUGCAGCCCUCUGCGAUGCCAUCAGCGUCCCCAUGGACAAGCUAAAGUGGACGUCCCCCUUCACCAGCCACCGCACCAGCCUGGGCCACCUGUCUCACUCCAGCAGCCGCCGCACAGAGAGUACCGACGGCGUCUGCAGGUCACCGUUUGAGUCAGAAGCAUUUCAACAACCUGCAGAGCCCACUGCAGGCAUCCAGAGCCCUUCUCAUCUGUCCAGGAGCGCCUGGACAGAUGCUGGUUCCUCGAUGUCGGCCAGUCCAUCCACCGCUGCUGAGCCCCCGCUCUCCCCACACUCCCAGACGGACAGUUCGCGUAGCUCUGGGUCAGGAGGCUCGGAAACAGUGUCGCCUGGCGGUAUGCUAAGGAGGAUGCUGGAUCCAGAAAGCAUGGUUUGGGCCACAGCAGUGGCCCUCGCCUGGCUGGAGCACAGCUCUGCCAGCUAUUUCAUCGAGUGGGAACUGGUGGCCGCUAAAGCCAGCAUGUGGCUGAGUGCGCAGGACAUCCCAGAAGGCCGAGAUUUAGCCUCCAUCAAGGCCGCCGCCAAUCAGCUCUUCAUCAUCCUCAGGCACUGGGAUGAAAAUCUGCAACUGAACAUGCUGUGUUACAACCCGAACAGUGUCUGAGCCCUCUGAGCUCCACACUUAAACAGGCCACUGAAAGUACUCAAUCCCAUAUGAUACUAUGCUAACUGAGGCUGUACUAUUCUCUGUUCAGCAGUAUGUCUUCUGGAGUUUGAUUUUGCAGUUGUGAACAGUGUGUAUUUCUUCUGUGUGUGUGUGUGUGUGCUGUUCCUCCAAACAUAUCACAGGCUGCAAGCUAAUACCUCGCUGGUGCCAUAUUCAGUAGCUGGGAUCUCUGUUAGCAAAAGGAUCUACCAGAGUGAUGCCACAGAUUUGAGUUUCAAGGAGAAGAACAUCAGUGUUAAAUUCGUAGCAUGCUGGACCACUGACCAUCAACAUGUGAGAAAAGCUCUUAUUGUCAUCAUAUUGAUGUUAUGGGUAGAAUUCUACAAAACAAAGGCAUGAGAAAACUGCUCCACUGAUUGUCACAUACUGUUUUUACAGCGUUUUCUGAAUUGACUGUGGUGUGAGGGGGAAAAAAAACGUGUUAAGAAAACAUCCGGGUGUUGGCUAGCAGUACUGCCACUCUUUUCUAAUGCUUGUUACCAUCACAGUGUUAUUCCUAUUUGCCAUUUUUGCAGUUUAAUUGUAGCAGAGCCAGAAAAAUAUGCAAAAAAGCUAAAGUAAAUAUAAACAUAAGUUACAGUUUAUUUGAAAAAAAAAAAGUAGUACAGGUGGGAAUGUAUGAAUGUGUAUCCCACGAGCAUGUAGUUAUUUAUGAUACAUAGAGUUUAUAGUUUUUCACUUAUCUGAGUCUGUCUGUUUUGAUCAUGCAUUAGUUUUAUGAGCCGGCUGCACCAGCGGUUUGAAAGUUCAACAUUGGCCAGUUUAUGAGCAAAAGAUUUACAGUGUAGAUCGAUUUUACACUCAUUUAAAAACAACUGUGCUACAUGAACUAGUCUUUAAACGGAGAUUAGUUGUAACUUAAUAUUUACCCCCUGUUACUAAUAGGUUUAACUAAUAGUUGCAAAGUUAUCAAAGUCAAUAGCAAAUGUUAGUUUGCUAAAAAAUAUGACCUGGUCAGAAUAGAAAAGAUACAAAGGGAUAUGGUUAAGGCUUGUCCACAACAUUACUGAAGAAUGUAUUAUUUAGGAAUAUAUAGAAAUAAAAAUAUCUAUUUUAUUUUUAUUAAGCUUCUUGUAAAUUAACCCCUCAAGUUACAAAAAUUUGAAUUGUUUGGUUAGUGUAAUCAGAUAUUUCCCACUGUGAACUACAUGAAUCCUGCUUUGAAUUACAUAAAUAAAAUUAUGUAAUAUCCACAUAUACAAAUGAGUUUAAUGCAUCUCUCCAACUUUGAAACUGUCACACGGGUGCAUAUUGCGAUUUACUGUUCACAUAGUUGAUUGCUUUUGGUUGUCUGACACUACAGGUGUUUUCUAUUUAUUUGCACAUUAUGCAGCUUUAAUUAUACAGUUAAAAUGAUUAAAGGUUAAAUAGAUCACUAAUGAUGGACUUAGUAAUGGAUUUACAAACAGUUGGUGCCACUCAAUCCUGAUUAAUACAAAAUGUGCUGCAAUCCGGCUCUGGCAAUCAGAGAGGAAAGGCCCCUGCUAAGUUGUCAUUGUUACAGCUAAUUUACCGCAAGUGCCUAAACAAGGUUUGAAGUUGACAGAAAAUGUAAAUCUGCUCACUGCAGUAAUGAUCGGUUCUGUCUUUUAAAAUAUACAAUAGGUACCUUUCUUUCUUUCUUAAACCUUUCUUGUUUUAUUUCUGGUCCAUUUAAGCAUUUUUCUGCAUUGAUUCUGUCCUUUUUUUUUUAUUUCAUUACAGUGUUGCUUUACUCAGGUUUUUUUCCACUCAGGCUGAGUUGCAUAAGUCCGUCUGCAUGAACACAGGUGUUUAUGUUCUAAUGUUUGAUGAGUGAAUUGCCUUAUUGGAGCCAGUAGUGCAGUAUUUUACUCUCUGAAAUGAGAAGUACAACAUAGAUGUCAAAUAGUAAUAUUUUUGUGUUGUAGUUGCAGUAGUAAGUGCAGCUGUAUUUGUAAUAAGUUGUAUUUUUCAUGUAUUGGGUCGGUUGUUCAGUGCAGUAUCUUUCAACUUGCUGUUUGUGCCUUUAUAAAUGAUUGUUGACUGUUUGAGGCUGUUGAAAGCUUCUAUGGUGUCUUUAUAUAACUGUUGAUGCUAUGACCAGCUCUACGGGUGCAUGUAAUAAAAGAAUGCUACAAACAAAA